UUCCCCUGACGACCACCAGCACCACGUUCAUCGUCUUCAUAUCGUUUCUGCCUCAUCAUCCCUGAGAUAUUUCUCCAUCAUAGGACAGACAGAGCCCGUCCUCGUCCACCACACAUCUACCAAACAAUCCUCCCAUUUCUUCCCGCCAACAGAAGAAACACCCGCGACGAGGUGUCAUCCUACCUCGUACCCAUCCAUUUAGACCUUCCUCCCGACCCUUCCACACAGACCCUCUCGACAAGAUGGAUCACCGCCCACAAGCCUGGGGCCGGCCCCGCGACGACGUCUACGGCGCCUACGACCACUCCUACCUCACCUCCCACGGUCCCAAGACUGCCACCCAGUCUCCCGCGGUGACGGGAACCUCCGUGUUGGGCCUCAAGUUCCGUGACGGCGUCGUCCUGGCCGCCGACAACCUGGCCUCGUACGGCUCCCUCGCCCGCUUCAACGACGUCAAGCGCGUGCGUGCAUUUGCGGGCACCUCCGCCGUUGGCUUCUCGGGCGACGUCUCGGACAUGCAGUACCUAGACCGGCACCUGAACGAGCUCGAGAUUGACGAGGCUUACGAGGGCAACUUCAGCGCCGCCCAGGCUGCGGGCGAGAUCGAGACCGACGAGGACAAGAAGGCCGCCAGCCGGGGCGGCCUGAGCGCCGCCAAUCUGCACAAGUAUCUCGCCAAGCUGCUGUACGCCCGCCGCAACAAGUUCAACCCCCUCUGGAACCAGCUGCUCGUCGCCGGCUUCGACGACGAGCAUAAGCCCUUCCUAGCCGCCGCCGACCUGCGCGGCACCGUCUUCAGCUCUCCCAGCUUGGCCACCGGCUUCGGGUCCAUGCUGGCCCAACCCAUCAUGCGCAAGUACGCGGCCACUGAGGAGGACGCUGCAAAGUUGACCAAGGAGCAGGCGGUCGAGGUGGUCAGGGAGUGCAUGAAGGUCCUGUACUACCGUGACGCGAGGAGCUGGGACGGAUACUCGCUGGCCGUGGUGACCAAGGAGGGCGUCGAUGUGAGCUUUGAUGAGAAGCUGGAGAACCAGAGCUGGGCCUUUGCGGACAGGAUCAAGGGCUAUGGCACACAGACCGUCUAAUCGGGGUCACAGCAGUAUGAAAUUGGCUAGAGCGUGGUUUGGGCAGAUGCAAGAACGGCACCUGCAGCUGUAGCUGCACCCGACAGUGCAGGAGAUACGUUGAGAGAGAGCAGUCCAUCUGGGUUAGUUCCUAUGGACCUAUAUCUGUUCGAGCAGUGGCUACCUGUGGACCUCGUCCCCAGCGCUUUUUGCUCCGCUCCAUGAACAGGUCUUCCCCCCUCACGCUCUCCUGCAGCCACUCUGAGCAUACAACGGGACGACGCAACGGUUUCAUUUAGAAUUGUACCAUUAGAUGACGAGCAAAUCCAUUCAGAUUUCU